CCGUCUUGGUCGCGCGGUCCGUUCGAGGGUUUUACUGGGUCGUGUAACCGCGUCCGCGCGGUCAGUUCUCACUUCUCGCCAUCCUCUGGCAGCCAUGUGCAUCCCACUCCGAGCGAUGGUCGUGGCGCUCGUGCUGCUAGCUCUGACGCUCAACUUCUACGGCCACGGCCUCGCGGCAUCAGCAAAGCGAGCCGCUGCCGUCGACUCGAGGCUGAGGCUGCUGCAAGCCCAGCCGCAGCAACUAGGAGCCAAGCGCGCACUCGUCGUGGCUUCCAACCUCUCCUCCUCCCCUCCGUUGGAAGUGGUGCUUUCUGUGAGGCCGCCGGAGCUGCUUCGGUGCGACCCGUCCGUCAGCCCUGCUAGUCGGUGCAGCGCUCCGGGCGGGAAUCGAGGCGCCGCUGCGGCAGGAGUGUGCGAGGACACCGAUGCGCGGUGCGGCGAGUGGGCAUCGCGGCGGCCCACCUCCGAGUGCGAGAGCAACCCAGGCUUCAUGCACCGCGCGUGCCGCCACAGCUGCCGCAUGUGCGGCGGCAGCGGCGGCGACGGGCUGCGCCGCUUCAACACCUCGAGCUUCGCCGUCGGCCUCGAGCCUCGCGGCACGAUCGGGCUGCUCCGCCCGCACGCGAUCGGAGGCGACUUUAGCUACACGAUGCCGCCGCUCAAGGGCGGAAAGGCGAGUGGUCAGCAUCGGCUCGGCGACCUCACGAUCCGGCUAGCCCGCCCGUCUGCUCCCUCUGCCACCGGCUCUGGCCAAGCUGACGGCUGCAAGGGCGCCUCCGACUCUCUGGUGUUGCCGCCAAAUUGCAGGCAGGACGCAUCUCGACGCGCCUCCGACGCGGACGGCCGCUGCGGCGAGGGAUGGACAUGCGCCUCCGACGCGGACGGCCGCUGCGGCGAGGGAUGGACAUGCGCCUCCGACGCGGACGGCCGCUGCGGCGAGGGAUGGACAUGCGCCUCCGACGCGGACGGCCGCUGCGGCGAGGGAUGGACAUGCGCCUCCGACGCGGACGGCCGCUGCGGCGAGGGAUGGACAUGCGCCUCCGACGCGGACGGCCGCUGCGGCGAGGGAUGGACAUGCGCCUCCGACUCGGACGGCCGCUGCGGCGGGUGGGCCGAGGUGGGCGAGUGUGUCGAGAACCAGGGCUACAUGCUCCGCGCGUGCCGCCGCAAGAAGAGUGGCCAACACAGCAUUGCGUGGCUGCGCCGGCGUGGGCAGCGAACCUGCGCCGGACCCCUCGCCGCCGAAUCAGCACAGUCAUGGCGCGGCCGCACGCGCAUCGGCCUGCGCGGGCGGUUCUCAGCCGCCGACGCCGAGUGCCGCGCCCUCGGCGGCGGCGACACGCUGAGCGGCAAGGGCGGUGGCGGCGGUCGCCGCCAGGCCCUAGGGGUGGAGCGAGAGCUUGGGGAGGACAGCAGAGGCGCGCUGCUGCUGCUGCGCCUUACCAACGAGGGCGGCGCGCCGAUCGAGGUGGCCGAUCUUGGCGUCUCGAUGCCCUUCAACCAGUUCUUCGCGGACAAGGACUUGCGCGGUGGCGCCGGCCCCGUCCUGCUGCUGCUGCCUUCGACGGGCAGCGAGUUCGAGGCGAGGCGCCCCCUCCGCUCCGAAGACAGCUGCGAGUGGAAGGAGGCGGCGGCGUGGGUGGAGCCGACUAGCGCAGUCCUCACUCCUGGGCAGUCGCGCACGUGCGGCAUAUGCGGAUGGUCGUCGCCCCGCGGCUCGCCCUCGGACGACGAGAUCGAGCGGCUCGAGGAGUUUGUCGACGAGUCGCUCUACCAAGGCAGCUCCGCCAGAGUCCGCGAGAGGACCAGAUGCAACUCGACCGACCGGCGCCGAUUCCUGCAGUCGUCGGUUGACCACGCCGUCCGGCUCGCCGCUGCUGGCGCAGACGUGUCGCCGCUGCUGGCCGGACCGUUGCCUGUGGGGCGAGACCGCUGCCCGUGGAACGAGUGCUGGUCGGAGCAGCACUCGCUCGAGCGCGCGUACAACUACCCGCACGUGACCGCCGUCUACUGGUCCCUCUACCGCCUCGGCCGCCGCUUCCGGCCCGCCCGGGCGAGGCGGCACGGAUGGCGCUGGUACCUGCAGCGCGCGCACGGCACGGCGAUGGGGAUGUGGGAGCACGGUGGCGAGGUAUUCCCGCACGAGCAGCAGCGCGUGGCGGGGCAGGCGUGGAGCAAGGUUGGAAACGGCCAGGGCACCGCUCAGUGGGGACUGAUGGCGGCAGAGCUGCAGCAAGUGAUGGAGCGGAGGGAGAUCGCGACCUGGCUGCUCGCCUACGGGCACGGCGCUCAGGCGGCGCAGACGGCCGACGCCGUCUCCGCCUACACCAGCCUCUCGCCGCACUGGGCGUGCUGCGGCUCGGCGCGGCGGCCGAGCUGGGCUCUCAACUCGGUCGUGCUCUUUGACCACGCUCUCGUGGCGAGGGAGGACGUCUGGCUCUGGCGCCCCGCCCCCUGCUCACAGCUGCAUGUGUUCACAGCUGGAGGCGCCGCGUCGACCGUGCACCAACUGACUGUCACCUGA